AUGAGCUACCGAUUUAACUCUCAGCAUCUCAUGUACGCUGAGGACAUGAAAAUAUACCGGACCAUUAGCUCGCUGAUCGACUGCGCUGCUUUGCAGCAAGAUUUUGACACUGUAGCCAGUUGGUGUGUCUUAAAUGGCAUGGAAAUGAACGGGACGAAGUGCAAAAUAAUAAGUUUUACGAAAGCGCAAACCCAUCUGAACUAUAACUACGAAGUAAACGGUCUCAGCCUGGAUCGUGUUACGUCGAUAAACGACUUGGGAGUAACAAUGAACAGCAAGCUUUGUUUUAACGAGCACAUCACUGCGACAACCUCCAAAACAUUCGCCGUGCUCGGGUUUAUCCGUCGUAAUGCCCGUGAAUUCCACGACGUGUACGCCCUGAAGACACUGUACUGCUCACUUGUGAAGAGCAUCCUUGAAUACGCUGUACAAGUCUGGACACCUUAUCAUGCAAGCCAGAUCGCUCGCAUCGAAAGGGUUCAACAGCUGUUUCGUUCGUUUUGCGCUUCGACGACUGCCCUGGAAUGA